AUGGCUGACUCCCCACUCUCGUCACCCGGCACCCCCAGGACUGCAUCGCCCAUGCCUUUUGACCAAGACGCUGCCCGCUCGCUUUCACCCCAACACGACGACGCGCAUACGCCCGCCAUGCAGGGACUGGACGAUGGAAUCUGGCCGAGUGCCCCUGCGACCGCCGCUGUGAAUGCGACACCAUCCACCGAGCAGGUGACGCCUGCACCCAAGGGAAAAGAGAGGGCUGCAAAGGGCCCGCUGAAUUUAUUGGACCUGCCCAUGGAUAUUCUGAAAGAAAUCAUCCAUCAGCUUCCACACACAAACGACCUCACAUCACUAUGUCUCUGCCAUUCAGCUCUGCACCGACUGACGAUACCGUGCAUCUACUCGCGCUUCGACAUUGUAUGGCCCGACGAAAGUACCCACAACGAGCCGCGAGCGGGCGUAGAUGCCCUCACGUACGGCCUGGCUACGCUGGUCAUGGGCGAUGACUGUUUCCCCCACCAGAACCGACUAAGACUGCAAGGACAGACGCCCACUGCGCUACUGAGGACUGCCGCCAAUCCAUAUCCCGUCCCCCAGCGUCGCUUCGGCAACUACUACGGCCAGUUUACCAAGAAGUUUUCGCUGGGCAACGGGCCACAGGCAUGGGUCCAGGAGUACAUGAUUACGAAAGAAGGUGGGAAGAUGCUGGGAACGCUCGUGGCGCUUGCCGUUGCACGCAUGAUUAAUCUCGAGACGUUUGUGUGGGAUAUGCCGACGGGCGUGCUCCGUGAUGUGUGGCUCGCCUUGUCAAGCCUCGCGCACCGGAGUGACGGUGAGGAAUGCCGCCUUGAUCGUCUCUGGAUUCGAUGGCACGACAACACCAUCGAUGCUCCUGUUCCUCCGCCUGCUCCGCCCAUGAUCCUCAACAAUCAGAACCUCCCUCCGCCCCCGAAUACGACACAUCCAAGCGGCCUUGGCACUGUACAGGCGCCCAUCGUCGUGGUACCGCCAUACGCACCGAGCAGCAUGUCCGCCCUCGAUCGAGUCGAACACCCCACCUUUUCCGCCAUUCCCGCGCUGAAGAGCCUGAGUGUGUUGGACAUUGACGAGCUGCCAUAUCUGGACGAGAUGAGCAUCCUGAUUGCACGGUCUCAGAAGAAGCUGCGCGAGCUCCGGAUAGGUGUUGCAGCCCAUGCACAGCAGCGAGACUGGGUAACUGUGUGGGAAGGCGAAGGCCUUCAGCAAGUCGACUACAACGCUACCACAACGGCAGCAUCUUCGCUCGGCGAAAAGAGACUAGGAGGCGUUCUGGGCAUUCUCGUGGGGCGCAUACACAACAUGCGCCAUUCCGAAGAGCCCCCCUCUCAAACAUCUGGCACCACGGGCAUCACAGAGCGGUCAGUCGAAGCUAACCCGAUCAAAUCAGCUUCUUCCCUGCCCUUGCCUUCCAUAGCUUCGCUCUCAUUGCAUGAGCGGGAAGCCGAUCAAGAUGUCGACCACUUCGGUAACCCAAUGGACGAGACCUCCAUGACCGAAGGCGUCAGUCUGUUCCACGAAAACCAGCCAGCCCAUGUAGAACACACCCCACAUCCAGCAAAUACAGGGAAAUUGGCCCCCAAGUCGCAUGUGGCACAUGGCGAGACACGCACCAAGUCUCAGGAACCCACAGAGCCUCUGCUUACUGGAAAGUUGAAGCUCGAAGUCCUAGAACUUGAACGUGUGCCUCUUUCGGUACCCGUGCUACGCAGAGCCUUUGACUGGUCUAUCCUCUCGACACUAACCCUUCUGCACUGCAGCAACCACGAACAGCUAUGGAAGAUACUGCGGAGAACGUACACACCCCGCACCGCCUACCCUGGAUCGCCAUCCUCGUCCAAAGCAUACAAGGCCUCAUAUACCCUACGAUCAGAGUACCAACUCAAUCUCAAGCGCAUUCAUACAAACACAGUCUCACCCUCGCUCAUUUCCUUCCUCAAGGAGACUUUGGCGCCCAACAGUCUGGAGGUUCUCUUCCUCCAAGAAGGCCGGUCAUAUUCGUCCACUGUCACAGUAGAUGCGAUAUAUAGAGGGCCGAUGAAGAGACAUCGAGCCAGUUUGAAGAAGUUAAUGAUCGACAGCGGAGAAAAGGGUUCAGACGGCCACACAACGACGAGCUCGAGAUGGAGGCGGUGGAUGCUAAAUCGCGAGAUCCUAACCUUUAUAACAAGCGGUCGUAUGAAUAAUUUGCGAGAACUUGCCGUAUCUAUUGACUACAAAGACUGGCAUCACUUCCUCCAACGUCUCCCGUACAUCCCUCACAUUCGCUCCCUCUACAUCCCCUUCAUCGCCGACCACGCACACGGCAGUAAUAUAGACCCCCGUGAGCUUGCGUACCAAAUUCUCGACAUUGUGCACUUGCGACCAGAGAUUGAGCUCUGCUACAUGGGCUUAUCUACCAAAUGCUUUGAGAUUCUAGAAAACCGACCCUCGAAUUACGACUUACGCCACGAUGGUAUGCAUGCUGACGGUAGCGGCUCUGCAUAUGCCACGCAUGAUCCCAUGAUGUCCGACGACGAGAGCGAAGCCACUGAAGAUGAAGACGAGGACGACAUGGACGAUGGUGGUAUGCCACCCGGUGGUGAUGAAACGGAGAGCGAAGCCAGCGAUGAUGGAGAUGCCGAAAGUGAUGACGAUUCGGUGAUGCAAGAUUCGCAAAAAGGUCCCAAACUCAGAGUCCGAGAAAUUCUCUUCUACGAGGAACGAGUGGAGGCGUUUAGGAGGCGGCAUGGCGUGUUGCGGCCAUGAUACGAUUGACAACGUGGGUGUUAUUUUUCGCUGCAAGCAUUUUGAGCGCACGGAAUUGGCGGUGGGGACUGGAACGGUGCAAGAUGGCGUAUAUGGUAGAUAUCCUUGAUCAUUUUUCAUGAUGGGUAUGUGUGGUCUCGAGAGUUGGGACCUGCGGACAUGGAGGCGUUAUGGUUGAAUGUUUAUAGGUUCAUGUAGUAGCAGAUUUUGCAAACGUCCGUUUCAUCGCAUACAAAA